UAAGGAUGAAAUGGACAGCUCUGCCGUUUCCUAUGGAUUAAUUCGCUCAUUUUACAGCUCACUGAAUUCUCCACAUUAUAUGUGGCUGGUUAAAGCAAGUUAGAAACACAAACGGACGCAAGAUGGAGAAACCCCCUUUCAGACAGAAUCAGGUCUGUGGCUCAUGGGUUAUGAAGGAGAGGCUUGGAACAGGAGGAUUUGGCCAUGUCUAUUUGUAUCAGAAUCAGGAAACAUCAGAAAAAAUAGCUGUGAAGCUCUGUCGCCUUGAGCUUAAUUCAAAAAACAAAGACAGAUGGAGUCGAGAGAUCCAGAUUAUGAAAAAGCUAAAGCACCUUAAUGUUGUCACAGCAAAGGAUGUGCCUGAGGAGAUGAUGCACAUUGCCUUGAAUGAUUUACCACUUUUAGCCAUGGAGUAUUGUUCCAAAGGAGAUCUUCGUAAGUUGUUGAGCAAACCUGAAAAUUGCUGUGGGUUGAAAGAGAGUGAGGUGUUGUCUCUACUCAAUGAUGUUGGUUCUGGAAUCCAGUACCUUCAUGAGAAUAAGAUCAUACACAGGGAUCUCAAGCCAGAGAAUAUUGUGCUGCAAGAAAUUAAUGGAAAGCUUGUUCACAAGAUAAUCGACCUUGGUUAUGCCAAAGACCUGGACCAGGGGAGCUUAUGCACUUCAUUUGUGGGGACUUUACAAUAUCUGGCUCCAGAGCUUUUUGAAGGCAAGUCCUACACAGUCACUGUGGACUUUUGGAGCUUUGGCACCAUGAUCUUUGAAUGCUGCUGUGGAUUUCGUCCAUUUCUUCACAAUCUUCAGCCUGUGCAGUGGACAAGCAAAGUGCGAAACAAAGGUCCGAAGGAUAUAAUGGCUGUGGAAGAUAUGAAUGGCGAGGUCCGCUUUUCCACCCACCUUCCAUACCCAAACAAUCUUAGCAGGACACUACUGGAGCCCUUGGAAGGCCUUUUACAGCUGAUGCUCAAAUGGGACCCUGUACAGAGAGGAUUAGGACUGAACACAGAUUCAAAACAGCCCCAGUGCUUUGUUCUUCUAGAUCAAAUACUGAGCAUGAAGGUUGUGCACAUCUUGAACAUGACUACGACCCAGGUUCACUCAUUUUUGCUAAGCCCAGAUGAAGGGCUUCACUCUCUGCAACAGAGGAUUGAGAACGAAACCAAAAUUGAACUUUUGAAUCAAGAUCUUCUGCAAGAAACAGGAGUCAUGUUAGAUCCCAGGAAACCUGCUGCACAGUGUGUGUUAGAUGGAGUAAGAGGAUGGGACAGCUACAUUGUAUAUCUGUUUGACAAGAGUUUGACCAAGUACAUGGGACCUUUAACUGCUAGAACACUUCCCGAAAGUGUCAACUUUAUUGUUCGGGAAACCAAAACUCAGCUCCCACUAAGUACCCUAAAAAAGGUUUGGGGUGAGGCGGUUAGCUACAUUUGUGGCCUCAGAGAAGACUACAGCCGCCUCUUCCAGGGCCAGCGUGCAGCCAUGCUGAGUCUUCUUCGCUUCAAUACAAAUUUGACAAGAUACAAGAACAUGAUGUUCUCCUUUUCACAACAGCUCAAAGCAAAGCUGGACUUUUUUAAGACCAGCAUACAGUACGACUUGGAGAAAUACAGUGAUCAGAUGCAGUAUGGCAUAUCUUCAGAAAAGAUGCUGAAGGCUUGGCACGAAAAUGAAGAGAGGGCUGCUGCUUUUGCACAGGUGGCAGAGAUUGGUCAUCUGGAUGAGGAAAUAAUGGCGUUGCAUUCGGAAAUCGUUGAGUUACAGAGAAGUCCUUAUGCUCGUCGUCAAGGAGAUGUCAUGGAGCAGUUGCAAGAGAAAGCCAUUGAACUCUACAAACAGUUGAAGGCAAAAUGCAAAAUGCCAGACCCUCAGCAUGGCUACAGCGACAGCUCUGAGAUGGUGAAGGUCAUAGUACAGACUGUCCAGAAUCAAGACCGGGUGCUAAGAGAUCUAUAUGCACACCUCAGUAAAAUCCUUCUGAGUAAGCAGAAGAUCAUCGACCUCUUCCCUAAAAUCGAGAGAACGCUGGAAUGCAUAAAGGAGGCAGACACCACAGUCAUGCAGAUGCAGAUCAAGAGACAGAGAGAGUUCUGGCACUUACUGAAGAUUGCCUGUGCACAAAACACCACACGGAGCUCAGUGAGUCAGAGCGGAGAAAUGCCCUCCUCGCUGUCUACGUGGAACCAGACUCAAGCCCAGUGUUCCUCCCGUCUCCCCAUGUCCUUGCAAGUGCCACACGAGGGUGAUUCAGUUAAUCAUUUACUGGAGGAGAAUCAGCGUUACUUGACUCAGCUCACCAGUUUACUGCAAGAAACCACCGAGGAGAAAUCGGAGAGCAUAAUGGCUCAGGACUGGAGCUGGACAAAAUACGAAUCCCUGGUUGCUAAAUCACCGCGUUUGUAGAGUCACGUGACAGGAAGUAACUCUUUUAAAUGCAUUUAUUCAUCACCGCUGGAUUGGGGUUGUGUUAACUCAUAUGAUUCGUUCAACAUUAAGUAACUUUGUCGGUGUCUGCAUUCAGUUCAAAUGAGAUUGUACAGUCUUGUAGCAACCUUAUAUAUUUUGGGGGAUGCAUUUUUAAUUGACUUAAAAAAAAAAACAUGUAAGCUAAAUUCAGGCAGUGUAAUUCCAGAAAUGUAUUUAUUUACGUACUCCAUCGUUCUCUGUAUGGGCUGAUUGUACUUUGAUUUUAAGUGAUGGGUUGUUGUUUUUUUUAAUAUGGUGGUUCAGCAUCUGCACUUUAAAGGCUCACUGUGAAUGUUCGGAAAGGUGUCAGGACUAACAGUGAAAUUGGUCAUGUUCAACUGCCAUUUUGAAAUGUUACUAAAGGCCUAAGUUUUAAAAAAGGAUUAAAUUGGUCUAAAUGAAAAGCAGAAUAAUCAUUAAGUUGAUUAAUUCAUUAACUCUUCAACUAUGAGAAUGAGUUUUAGGAGAAUGUUUUAUCAGACGUGUUCAGAUCAGUUUAGUAUUGACGACAGCAGACAUCUUAUUAUCAGGUUAUUAUGGUGGUUAUUGAAUGUGGAUAUUCAUCAGUGGGCAAAUUAUAAUAAAUUAAUUUCGUCCAUCUUACUCCCUAUUUAAAUCACAUUUUCAGACAUGUUUUUUUUUUCCCGAGGAUGAUUAGUGUCACACAAACAAAAACUGUUGUACAAUGUUUUGCAUAAUAUCAUUAUUUUGUUUUUGUUGGAUUAUUAUUGGAUGAUAUUUCAGACAUGGGUUAAAAGCAUCUUAUUAAAAACACUUUGGUUUUAUCGUGUUUACUGUACAUGACAAAUAAACUGAUAUCCAUUA